AUGACGAGGGUGGUGGAGGUGGCCGUCGCGCGCGCCGAUUGCGACGGCGGAGGCGCGGUGAGCAUUGAGCUCGCCCCGCCCGCCGCCUUCUCCUUCGUGGCGGGGCAGUACCUCAAGCUCAACGUGGCCGCGAUCGCGCGGCACGAGCACCCCUUCACCAUCGCAAGCGCGCCAGGCGAGCCGCGGCUCCGACUCAAGGUGCGCGGCGUGGGGGACUGGACCGACGCGCUGAGGGGCCUCGCCCUCCGCGGCGACCUGAGGAGCGUGAGGAUCGACGGGCCGUAUGGCGCGCCAGCGCAGCGGUACCGCAACUACCGCCGCGUCGUCCUCGUCUCUGCCGGCGUCGGCGUCACCCCCUCCCUCUCGUGCCACCUUGUGUGGACCACGCGAGAGCCCGCCUGGCUCGACUGGCUCGGCGACGAGGUGUACUCGCUCCGCGGCAGAGGGGGCGGCGAGGAGGUGGGCGUCUUUGUAUGCGGGGGCGCGGCCCUUGCGGCAGAGGUUGAGGCGGAGUGCAGCAGGGCUGGCGCGGGCUUCCGGUUCCACAGCGAGUCGUUCUAG